AAUUUCAUUGAUAGAGAGGUGGAAAGCCCUCUUUCUUUGCCCCCCAUUGGAUUAUGGAUUGUUUUUUCAGCGCCACGGGUGGUUUGAGUACUUUUAGUUGAAACCUCGUGUGUUGAGCGUAGGUUGUCCUAUUAUUCAACAGAAAUGAUUUCAUUUUCGAACACAUAAAACYCGGAAUUUCAAAUUCACUAUAGCCAGUGAUUACAGAUCCUGUUCUUGGUAUUUCAUCUCAAUAGCAAUUCCGAUUUCAUUAGCCCUGCUUGUUCCUUCUAUCGUAUAAUAGACUAUGGGAGUUGACGUUUUAUUAUUUGCAUCUCGCUCUUGCAACUGGGAUAAGUCUCCAGAGAGAACUGAUCCAAUAUGGCCGCCAAUACGACAACUAAUAGUACUCAAAGAUAUGUCUUUCUKCCCGUUGACSUGCGUGUGCGCAUUGCCUUGUACUCAAUCSUUGGUUUGUGUGGUGUUUACGCAAUUGUAGCGAACGGGAUGAUCUUGUACUUCAAGAGAAAACAAGCCAAGAAAGUAAGAGGAAAGCGUAUUUCAAAUCCGUUCGACCGCUUCCUUGUCACCAGUACCUUCGUCCAAAGCCKUGCUGCAUCGGAUUUGCUGUGCGCUUUGAUAACCAUGCCUUUGGCCAUCACUACAAAUUUUGUCGAUGUCAUAGACACGGACUUCAAGUGCAGAGCUAUACGGUUCUGCAAUAUACUUUUCCCAGUAGUUACCAUCAACAAUCUGUUCGUAAUUGGAAUUGAGCGAUACAUGACUGUCUUUCAUCCAUUCAGCGUUCCACGGUUACGACACGUAAAUAUGCUUGUCAUAGGCGCUUGGGUUAUGGGCGCAAUAAUCACCUUCAUUCCUUCCGCUACGUACGGACUACAACGAUAUCAUAUCAGUACCGUCAGCUUCACUUACGACUGCGUUUAUGAUAAAAAUGACCCUAUCAGGCGAGCGAUGUUUACUGGGUUUACCGUAGUCCUGUACAUAAUACCUGGCAUAAUUUUAUCGUUCACAAACACUCGUAUUCUUCUUUACGUGAAAGCUAAAGAAAAACUCAGUAGAACUUUGAAAAGAAAAAAACGUUGGAGGCUUUACGGAACGGUUGCGUUUGCUACGCUGAUCUUCACUUUCCUUCUUCCGUACCUGCUCUUCGUGAUGUUCGCGGGAGCUAAGGUUGUGCUUCAACUGAACUUCAAUUAUGCGACUGAAUAUCUCAUCAGAAAGACCUCCGUUGUCAUGCUGUACUCCAAUGCAGCUGUCAGUCCAACGAUCAUGUUAUUCAGCAUUCCGGAUUUACGAAAGAUGUUCAAAGCGCUAGUGAAGAAACAUUUUCGACGUAGAACAAGAGCGAUAGCAAACUACCCCACGCUUAGAAAUAUGUUUGCAACUGGAUCUUUACGGAAGUAAAGUCCAGUUAAACGUGAAGUUUAUACGCUAGAAACGUUUUUCAAUUUGGGACUUUCUCAAGUUAUUUUUUUUGAGCAAGUUUGUUCUCUGACGGAUGUCCGAAAACCGAAAGAUCUCCGAACCUCACCGAACACCUUUCGAGAACUUCACUGAAAAUCGAACGAUCUCCGAACUUCAUUGGACAUUUUUCAAGAUGCUCCCUCUAAACUUAACGAUCUCCGAACUUCUCCGACAAAACCGAACGAUCUCCGAUCUUCAUCGAACACCUUUCAAGAUGCUCCCUCAAAACUGAACGAUUUCUGAACAGGCUUUUCCGAACAGCUUUCGAGAUUCUCUCUUAAACCGAACGAUCUUCGGUGUUCAUCGAAUACCUUUCAAGAUCYUCCUUCAAAACCGGACAAUCUCCUAGCUUCAAUGAACAUCUUUCAAGAUGCUCCCUCAAAACUGAACUAUCUUAUGCAAACUUCUCUAAAGAACUUUCGAGAUUCUCUCUCGAAACCGAACGAUCUUCGAUCUUCGAUCUUCAUCGAAUACCUUUCAAGAUUCUCCCUAAAAAAACGAGCAAUCUCCGAGCUUUCGAGCGAUUUCCGAACAGCUUUCGAGAUUCUACCUCAAAACCGAACCCGAGCAUUAAUUAACGAAAGCGGCCCGGUUAAGUUCGGACGAAAACAAAAACAAAAUGGCGGCUAGCGCUCGCGGCGGACAGUUGCUUUUUUAAUAACAUUGCAGUAAAGAUUUAUCUGAGAACAGCUGUUUUUAGUGAUAGCACAAUUGCUUGCGAUGUUUAUAUAUUUUAAUUUUGAUGUUAUUUGUGUAAACACAACUUUCGUACAAUAAUUUUACUGAUAUUUGUCGAAUGCAAUCACUGUUCUAAUACUCUCUUUGAUUGGCUCAAGAGUGUCCAAUAUUUCACGGCUUAACGCGCGAUAUAGAAUAUAUGCGUGUGUUUUUUUAUGUUAGAAAAAUCUUGAAGUAUUUAUUUAUUUAUUAGAGGUAUUGGAACUUUAUCUUCCAAACAGUAAGAGUCGAGAC